CAGCCACAACAGCAAACCUCCUCAUGGCUCUAUGGACAGCUGCAUCCCUUUACCUGUGUUUCUUUCUGCGAGUAAACUGCUGGCAUGAUCUGGACAACACAGAAUAUGACUGUUGGCCGAUCAACAGUCCAAAUGAUUACAACAUGAUUAGCUGUGGUGGUUUGGAAAUGGCCUGGGUGCAGCGUCCUCCCGAGAAAGUAACCAAUGGGGAAGAGUUCAAUGUCUCGUACACGGUGACAGCCUCAGAUUCCUUCUAUGAUUAUGCAGUCAGGAACAAGAUUUUCCAGUUCAGUAAUGCGUCAGAGGCAAAGAGGUUCUGUCAUGAACACGAGUGCCCGGCAAACUGGAACAACGCCAAUGAUAUUAAUUGCUGCGUGUAUCAUGCCAACAUCCACUCCUGUCCUCUUGGUCUUAUGAAACAAGGUGGAAUCUGUGGCCCGUGGAUUCCUGAUGAUGGUAAAAUAGUAACUCACACUGUCUCCAAAGCAGGCAAGAUGUCCCAGAAAUACUGGACUUCAAAGGUGGUGCUGAUCCAUGUGGGAGUCACCUCAGUCAUUGCUCAUAUCAAAAUAGGACACAUGCACGCAGCACUGGAGUCCAAAGUGCUCGUUGUCAGUGCUCAAGUGUGCGGGGAUGAAGUCUGCGAGCUGGAGGAGAGCUGUCUGAACUGUCCUGCAGACUGUGGCAUCUGCCCAAUGUCCAUCACGAUCAAGGUGGCCAUCGGGCUUCCAGUUGCUCUCUUCAGCAGUGGCUUCAUCCUAACCAUGGUGUGGCUUCAGUACCAGAAACAGAGGAUGCUUUGGGAUGAAAGCUGGAUAAUCAACUACAAGACCAUAAUAUUUGGAAGAGUGUGCAUGGACUUCGGCAGCAACAUGAGCCUGCAGCAAGCCAAGAGUAACUCCAACAUCAGUCGAACUACUGAUGUGACUGUGUGUACCGGAUUCAACUCCUCCUUUAAACAAGGCUUCAUCCAGCCAGGCAUCUAUGAUGGGAGGACGGUGGCAGUGAAGCACAUCAAGAAUAAACAUUUCACACUCUCUAAAACCAUCAGAAAAGAGGUGAAAGAAGUUAGGCAACUGGACCACCCCAAUCUAUGUAAGUUCAUUGGUGGUUCCAUCGAGGUCCCCUAUGUCAGCAUCAUCACAGAGCACUGCCCCAAAGGAAGUCUGUCUGAUGUCCUGCUGAAUGACGACAUCCCCAUCAACUGGGGCUUCAGACUGUCCUUUGCCACUGACAUUGCCCGCGGGAUGUCUUACCUCCACCAGCACAAGAUGUUUCAUGGGAGACUUCACUCCAGAAACUGUGUAAUUGAUGACCGUUGGGUGUGCAAAAUCUCAGAUUUCGGGCUCACAGCCUACAGAAGGGAGGACUUUGAGACCGUCAGUAAUGGCUUCAAUUGUGGGGAUGUAAAUCGUGUAUACUGUGCCCCAGAGGUCCUGCUGGGAAGCAGCUCCAACAUGACGGCAGCAGCUGAUGUCUACAGCUACUCCAUUAUUUUGGUUGAGAUUGCAACUCGCUCUGACCUCCUUUUAGACCAGGCUGAGGGAGUGAGGGUGGAUAUCGUGUGGCGCCCCCCUCUGCCUGAAGUCAAAGCAGGGAAGGCAGAUACUGACUGUCCCAGUCAACCAGACUACUGUGAGCUUAUUAAGAAGUGCUGGUGUCAUAACGUCACCAUGAGGCCCACGUUUGAGCAGGUGAAGAAGAUGCUCGACAAAAUGAACCCACACAAAGUCAGCCCUGUGGACAUGAUGAUGAACCUGAUGGAGAAGUACAGCAAACAUCUGGAGGCUAUAGUUGCAGAGAGAACACAAGACCUUCUUCAAGAGAAACAGAAGACAGAUCUGCUGUUAUACAGUAUGUUACCAAAACCGGUGGCUGAUGACCUUCGUCAAGGUCGAACAUCAGAGGCUCAGAGCUACUCCAACGCCACUGUCUACUUCAGUGAUAUUGUCGGCUUUACUCAGCUGUCUGGUGCCAGCACUCCCCACCAGGUCGUGGACUUCCUCAAUCAGCUUUACACCACCUUUGAUGACAUUAUUGACAUUUACGACGUCUACAAAGUGGAGACAAUAGGCGAUGCUUACAUGGUGGUCUCUGGGGUGCCUCAAGAAAAUGGCAUCAAUCAUGCUGGAGAGAUAGCCAGCAUGGCCCUUGAUCUAGUAAGUGUCUGUCACACUUUCAAGAUCCCUCACAAACCCAACACACAGCUGAAGAUACGCGCCGGCAUUCACUCAGGUCCUGUUGUGGCCGGCGUGGUUGGCACCAAAAUGCCUCGCUACUGCCUGUUUGGGGACACUGUCAACACGGCAUCACGCAUGGAAUCAACAAGUGAAGCUCUGAAGAUCCAGGGAAAAGGAGAGAUGACAACAUGGUGGCUUGAUGCAAAGAGAGGUGAUUACUCAGAUCCAUUGCUCAGAACAACUGAAUCCAGACUCCCAGUGCCAGUGAGUGACUAGAUCUGGGUAGAGCCUAAAAUGCGACAAUUACUGUAUGAAAACCGCUCCUGCUUUGUGUUGUGCAAUUGAAUUGUGUCCAUUGAGCAAUAUUGCAGUUAAAUAUAUACAAUGACAGGAUGAACUUCAUGUUGAUCAAGAAUUUAAAGGUCAUACUGCACUUUAAAUAUAAUAGAUGUUACCAGUCAAGUGUUCAGAAUUGUUUGUCAUUAGCAUAGUGCCAUUGUUGUGACCAGAAGUGAUGAAGACAAGCACUCUGAUAAUAAUUUGAAAUGCACAAUAUUUACAAGGAGGUGCAGGAUAUAGUCAUGUUUUAUUUUUUUCCACUUGUUGGGGAGAGUGUAAAAAAUAUGCAGAGA